CCCUCUCUGGGAAAAACCCGAGCAGGAGGAGAGCAGCAGAAGGGGGGAGGAGGCGGACUCCGUCUUCUUCUUCUUCUUCCGAUACAGCGGCGGCAGGAGGAUAUUUGGGAAAAUAAAUUUAAAAAAACCGCACGCGCCAGCCCCCCCUCCACCGGUGCGGAGCGGCAGAGGAAGAGAAACAGCACACGGAUGUGCCUCCGAAAGCGCAGCGGAUACCGCCCUCCGGACCUUAUUAAUGCCAAGAUUUACACAGGUCCGAUCCCGGCCGAGCGAGGGGGCGAGCUGGCCAUGGGGGGGGGGCGCAGUGAGACCUCAGCACUGAGUGGGACGGGAGGGGGGCGGGGCAUGACCACUACCCAGAAUUCCCAGCGGCCCAACGCCUGCUGCUUCUGCUGGUGCUGCUGUUGCAGCUGCUCAUGGAAUGAAGAGGAGAGACGGAGACGGAGAAGGAGGAAGAGAAUAUCACAGGACACCAAGAUGGAAACCAUACCAAACUGUGAAGCUUGCACCAAACCCACAACGGAAGAGAUGCGGAUGUGGUCUCAGUCCUUCGACAAGCUGAUGAGGAACCCGGCGGGUCGGAAUGUUUUUCGGGAGUUCCUGCGGACGGAGUACAGCGAGGAGAACAUGCUGUUCUGGCUGGCCUGCGAAGACCUCAAACAAGAAAUCAACAAGACCGCCAUUGAGGAGAAAGCUCGCUCCAUUUACGAGGAUUACAUUUCCAUAUUGUCGCCAAAAGAGGUGAGUCUGGACGCCCGGGUUCGAGAGGUGAUCAACAGGAAGAUGCAGGACCCAACGCCUCACGCGUUCGAAGACGCCCAGCUACAGAUCUACACGCUGAUGCACAGGGACUCCUACCCACGAUUCCUCUCCUCCAGCAUCUACAAGUCGCUCUUACACGGCGGCUCGCGUACCUCCUCCGAAUCCUAGUCCCAAAUCUCCUCCUCUGAUCCCGCACUCACGGGAUCGAUGCCAGAUCAUUUCAUCACUCCUCCAGCACCCUCCUCCCGGUACAAAACUCCUCCUUAGUUCACUUCUCCGAAUCCCAAAUCGCUCCGAUUACUGCCAAGACCUUCUUCUCAUAUCUUCUUUAUUUUUCUACUUCAUAUCAUCAAUUUUUUGUCCUGUUGCCAAGACGCCCCUCCUCUCCUCUCUGUCCUCCUCUUGUCUCCCCCCUCCAGUUGACUUAUGACUUCUGCAUUCCUCUUUUUGUCUCUUUGUUUUCAUUAAAUCUUCCUUUCACCCUUUUUUCUUUAUUUAGUCUCCUCCGUUCCAUUCUUUUUCACUCCAAAAAUUCAGGCAGUUUACAACAUAAAAUAACGUAAUUGAUUAAAAAUAGUUGCCUGGUAAUAAUUGCAUAAACAACAAUAUCUCUAAGUGUUAACCCUAACCAUUUUAUACCUAUAAAUACUAAAAAAGUCCAUAAUUUGAUAUUUUAAGAAUGGUAAAGCCUCUGAAAGACCAUCAUUGGACAUAAGAUUAAAUUCAACCAUUUUAAUCAACAAUUUCUUAUUUUUUAUACAUUUAUACAUGGGCCAAUAUUGUGUUUUUUAACAUGUAAUAACUUGAACAUUUUUAAACAGUUCAACAACAAAUCUUGAAGGAGUAGUGGGUAGGAUUUAGGAAAAUCUAUUGGCAAAAAUGGUAUAUGAUUAGAUAUAUCUAUAUAUACAUAUAUAUAUAUAUAUAUUAUGGAAAAUGAUAUACUUAACUAUGUUUUCAUGGGUGUAUAAUCUCUUGAAACGGGGGAACCUUGUGUUUUUGUUAGCUACAUAGGGAAUAGAGUAGCGAAGGGAUGACGUAUCUUUGUCGGCCAACCCUGAAGUUAGCAUCGCACCGGUUUCCUCGUUAAAAACCUGAUGGGAUUUUUGAAUGGGAAUUUCGAUUAUUGCCAGAAAUAAGCUCUGUGACGAACACCAGUUUAUGAUACUUACA